AUGGACUGGUUUAAUCACAAGCACAAGCAUUUGAUGGUGAAGUUUAGAGUUGCAAUCCUUCUGAUGGGUCUUGCUUUUUGUCUCUUUCUCUCCACUUCUAAUGAGUUUUCGCCCAAAACAGAAGCCCCUUUUCCUGAGGAAACUGAGGAUUUAGAACGACCAAUCUUUGUGGAAUUUCCAAAAGGCAUACCUUUGGUUACUACAUUUGUUCACCCCUCAAUGAUUGAGAUGCUUGAUGCUGCUACAGAAGAUGCUCUCGAACAUCUUCAGGCACAAACAAAUCCAACUAAUCUGGUUAAUGAGGAUUUGGCAAAUCUUGAAGAUGGCAGUUCGAAACCGAAUAAUGAUGCGAACGCUAUCAACAGUUCCGAUACCAAAUCUUCUGCUUCUUUCGAGCAGAAAAUAUCCCCAAGGCAUGACCUGGCCAUGCUUUUUACCUGCACUGUCUGUGAAACAAGAUCCAUGAAGACGUGCAGUAGAGAAUCAUACGAGAAAGGUGUGGUGGUAGCUUGCUGUGGUGGGUGUAACAAUCUCCACCUGAUUGCUGAUCAUCUCGGGUAUUUUGGAAAACCAUCCAACGUUGAGCAAUUUCUGGCUGCCUUUGGGGAAGAGGUGAAGAAAGGUUCUGCUGAUACGUUGAAUCUGACUCUCGAAGACAUAGCCGGAAUAAAACCUCAGGGUUGA